AUGAUUGUUGGCACGAAGAUCCUUCUCCCCCUGCGCGGACGCGUCGGCAUUCGGUCCUUCUCGUCAUCCCGCGUUCGUUGGGAGUCCGCCGCGCCGUUGCCAUCUAGCAAGCCUGUUGGAGCUUUCCGAGGAGGUGUCUUCGGCUUCCUGGCUGGGUCUGUCGCCGCCAGCGCGUCGGUUUACUUUUACAUCCUAGCAGAAUACCGACUCGCCAAUGAAAUGCUCUCUGAUGACAUUGCGGCACUUCAAACAGCCACUAUCAAGCUCCAGUCCUACAUCACAGAAUUGGAGUCCAAGGUUAACCAGCUGAACAAAAAGAAAUAA